GAUCCCUCGGUCAUUGGGCCGGAGGCGGAGGCCAUAGGAAAACUCCUUGCUGCAGACUCCGCCCUGAAGAAGGCAACAAUCCUAUUUACUGUGGCGAAUCUCAACCGCCACCAAUUGUCCCUGGUUUCUAACCCCAAGUUCCUGUGGUCAGUUACUGGGUCUAAGAAGGCUAUGGCUAUGCCGGCUGGGCCGUCCCUACACGAUGGUGAGGUUGAGGUGGAGAUGGAGGAUGUUCCCCUCGAAUGUGGGGGGUCUCAUCAGCGCCCCCUGUCCCCCGGAGGAUGCCCUCCUUACGAUUCCCAUGACCAGGACAUGGCCUGUCAAUCUCCGGACUCGCAGGCCGCAGCGGGAUGUUACGCUCCUCCUGGCCUUGAUGGCAAUGAUGCCUUCCCUCAGGUCCCUCAUGAUAUUGGCUUUCCGGACGCUGAUUAUGUCAACCUCGCGGAGCCCCCUUCUAAUGCACCAAGGUUCCAGUUUUUCCCUUUCACUGCGCCUCCUCCUGCUUCGGCGAGUGGAUCAUCCGUUCCUGUCCAACCAGAUGUUCCUAGCAGGGAGGCGGAGCCUUGGGUGACUAGGAUGGCCUCAUCCUAUGCCCAGCGUUUCAUUCAGAUUGCCUCGGAUCUCCCUACCUUUGACUGGAAAGGUCAUGGGAAUGUGACCCAACCAGAUCUUGGGGAAAUCCUAAGGCGUGCCGCGGCCUGGGUCUACAUCGUGUCUCUUUGGCAUGCUGACUCGUCCGGCGUCCUCUCUGCAUCUACUGCUGAGAGGGACGGCCUCAUGGCCCAGGUCCAGGAGCUCGAAAAUGAGCUUAGUACAACCAAGGUCCAAUUGUCAAAGGCCCGGACUAAGUAUGCCAAGUUGGACUCGAAGAGGGAGAAGCUGAAGGCCAAGAUCAAGGAGCUAAAGGGCAAGGCUAGAUGCUUGGAGCGCGAGCUCCGGGGGGCCAAGGCCGCUGCGACCGCGUCGUAGGAGAGGGUUACUCAACUGGGGAUUGAAGUUGAGGCCCUUAGGGCUGAACUACAGUCGGCUCAGGAGAAGGUCGCUUCCUUGGAGGCGGAGAAGGCUUCCUGGGAGGCGGCGAGAGCUUCCUGGGAGGCGGGGAGGGCUUCUUUGGAGGCGGAGAGGGUCAUAACCGAGCGCAAGUCUAUAGACCAUGCUCUUUACAAUGUGUGGAAGCAGAAUCCCAACUUCGACUUCUCCUCUUUUGGCGAACAGGUCGUUGCCCGAGCGGCCUGGUGGAGUGCCCACUACGGGAGACCUUGAAAUAGUCUCGCUCCUUUUUUGUUUUCUUUUUAUUUUGUAACAUCAUUACCAGUGCUACUUUUCUGUUAGUAACUCUUGUACUAUCCCGAGAACACUUUUUUUUUUUAAUGUAUAAAUACAUAUGUUGCUGUUUAUCUCUUGUUCUAUUGCAUUAGAGGCCCUUUUAAGCCCGGGGUUUAGUUGGUUCCCCUCUUUUAU